AUGAUAUACGGUUUGCGAAAAUACUUUCUUGAUAAAGGCAGUGCCCCAAAACUACCGGAAGCGUUUUCAUCAAACAGCACUGGGCCUAGUCCACUUGAUAUAUUAGCCCUGAACAUCAUAGAUGAAGACGUUCUCUUCCCAAUUUUAUUGCACGCUACGGCCUUUGAAUAUAACAUUCCAAGCAGACUAUCUCCUGAGAGGGAAUGGACAGCAUUAGAGGUUCAGCAGGCAUUAGCAGAAAUUACAGGUGAUUACAACAUCAUAUGCCCUGUUAUCAAAUUUGCCGAUGCUUACUCAGAAGCGCCCAAUAGCCAGGUUUUCCUUUACUCUUUCGAACACCAUUCAAGCGGAUGGACGUGGCCAAACUGGACAGGAGUUAUGCAAGGCUAUGAAGCAGAAUAUGUCUUUGGAGCCCCGUUGAAUUUCAAAUUUCAGUCAAAUUUUUACAAAUUUUCCGAAGAGGAGAGGCUGUUUAGCAACCAAAUAAUGCAAUUUUGGGCCAAUUUUGCUGCCACUGGGUCACCGAGCCUACGCCCAGAUGAGUUUAAUACACACUCAAAAAAUCUCAACUGGAAUAAUUAUGAAGUUCGUCAGACGAUCAUGAAGGGUGAUAAAGAAUUUGAUAUUUCGAGGGAAUAUAUCGUUCUCAAGUCACCCACUUCACGAAUUGAGCAUAACUUGAAACGUCGUCGUUGUCUUUUCUGGCAUGAACAACUUCCAAUGAUGCGGCAAAAGAUGAUCAGACGUUGUCAAACGAGCCCCCCAAAAGAGCAAAAGCCAACUGAUAGACUCAACAUCCAACCGCUGCCAGCAUCGCAAACCGCAAAGUGGCAAAUGCCAGCAUUUACGACGUUAACAUCAGCAUCUACCACCAACAAACCGUCGCUUAUCAGCAUCACUUGCAAGGUAAUAGCUACUGUUAUUGCUUCGGUAGAAAUGUUUUAUUAA